AUUCUUUUCUUCCUUGGCUCGUCAGUGUGAGCAACAGUGACUGAACUCGUUACUGAAAUAGUCGCGAGAAACAGUUAUGUGACAGUUAGUUGAUAACACGGAACGGCGAUAGAAUAAGUACAGGAGACCUUAGACUUUGUGAACAGCACUUUGGCUUACUGCUAUCAGCCUGCGUACAACUACUGCGAUUGUUUAGUGCACAGAUCAUUCAUUGUCAAGUCUUUAUAAGCAAGACACUCUCUACAGUUUGUGUGUAUAUUAUCUCCAUAGCUGUUUUGUCUGGACAUCUAUGGUGAUUCUGCGUGUAAGUAAAAAAAGGUGUACAUGUGCAGGAAGUAAUAGACCGUCUGUGUACAUAAGAGACGAUUUUCUCUAUAACGAACGAAGUCAGACAAAGAUCUACGACAGCAAGAAACAGAAUUGUGUUUAUACAUUGGCCUAUAUUUGGCUAUUUUAUGAUCUAAAGAGUCUUUUCACACGGGACACCAGGAGCUGUUUGUGGGCAUCAACAGUGAUUCUGUGGAUAGCUCAACGUUUCAAAUAUUUCUAAAACCGCGAUCGUAAAAUACGUACAUAUUCAUUGGCACAAUGGAGGUGACUUUGCGAUUCCUGACGUGUUUUUCGAUGCUGUUAUGCCUGAUUGCUUCUCUGUCGUCUGCAUCAAGUGAGACUGUGAACACUCGGAAAUACACUCAAGAACGGCCUCUUUCUGCUGACGAUCGUAAAGAUGUUCGUCUAGAGAGGGUGCAGCAGACGACAAACAAGACAGAAAGUCUGCCUGGUGAGAAACGACACAGCGCAAACGAAUCGAAAUCAAAGCUGAAGCAGAAACCAUCUUCUGGGAAUUCCCGAGAGCGAGUUUCCGGAGUGACACCUUUCUCACAAGACGCAAUGACGUCAUACUUGUCGAGAAAACGCGAAUGGGAAGAUCCCUCUUUCGACGUGUCGUGUUUUGUCUGUGAGCUGACAGUUGGCACGAUUCAAAAACUUCUCAGCAACUCCACGAAUUGGGACAUAAUUGAGGAAGAGGUGGUGAAGAUCUGCAUUCUGUUCAAAGUCGAGGAUGCGCGAGUCUGCAGAAUGGUGGUCAAGCAGUUCCAGGCAUCGCUUAGAUCUGGCAAAGUGUACGGCCAGGGGGCAGGCAGGUUCGGGGACUACCAGUCAUGUGACGCACCUCUCUCUAUGGUCCUGACCAUGUUUAAGCAUCUCAGCACUGUCUCUGACCAG